UUUCUUCAUUAUCAGUUUGUGUGGUUUUUGCACAAUGGCAGAGGCUGGUGCGUCACUAAUUAUAUUAUUGGUAGCUCCCUUGCUCGCCUGUGAUCUUAAUUAUAACAAAGAUGAUAUAAUGACAAUGAAUGCGACUUCAUCUCUCGGAAUGGCGUUUGGAGGAUUAUUAUUUGGCACUUUAAUUGACACACAUGGAAGAAAGGAAACAAUUCCCGUGACGAUGAUUGUUAUAUUUUGCGGUUCACUGAGUCUCCUGCUUGCUCAGAGUUUUUUUCUGAUUAAUUUGUCAGUCUUUGUCAUCGGAAUCGGAGUAGCAGGUAACAAUGCAGCAAUAAGAAUCUAUUUAAUUGAAUGUUUACCAUCGAGAAAGCGAGGAUCGUGUCUUGCUGUAAUUGAUUUUUUAUGGAUCGUUGGCUAUUUGACUUCUUUGGGAAUGCUGUGGAGUUUGGUACCAUCGGCGAUAAAAAUGCAAGAAAAAGAAUUGAGACCAAGUUCGUGGCGUGUUGUUGCUGGAUUAGGAGCUGUUCCUGUUUUAUUAGUAUCCUGUGUAAUCGGCCUCUUGCCAUUGAGUCCACGAUAUCUUAUUUAUAGACGUCAACCUGAACGGGCACUCGCAGUUUUAAGACAAAUGUACGCUAUCAAUUUUUCCAGACACGCUGAUAAAUAUCAAGUUUCUAAUGUCGAAGGAUCUAUACAACCAGAAGAUGAUGAUGAUGAACUUUCAGACGAGAUUCGAACCGUAAAGCAAAUCGUUUGUAAAUGUUUUUCAAAAAAUCGACAACGAGUACAAAGAAUAUUCACUCCGCCAUUCUUGCGAAUCACUUUCUUGUCCAUCGUUGCCUGUUGUCUUCAAUUUCCAGGAUUCAUUUGGCCGGCUCUUUGGAACAUGAAAAUUUUGAACGACACUCAAAAUCUGAAUGAAUUUUCUCUCUUGAUGAACAACGACACUUGCAUUUCAAAUUCAGGAUCUAUCGCUAUGUCUUUCUUCAACAAUUGCCAUCAAGAAAAUAAUGAAUAUUUCCGAAACUUUUUACUUUUAUCGCUAAGUUUCAUUCUUGGCGAACUUUUUCUUAUAUUUGGUGUCGAUAGAUUUGGCCGACGAUUAUUUUUAAUAUCUUCGGGAUUAAUUGGAAGUACGGCAAUGAUCACCUUUACCUUUGUGACUAGCCAUGUUAUCAGGAUUAUUUUAUCAGUCGCUAUUUUAUCAGCCUUUGCGACAAGCUACACGACAGUGACAUUAUUCCUACUGGAAAACUAUCCCACCGCCCUGAGAGGCACGAUUAUGGGUUUCGCAAGAAUUCUUCCGCACCUGGUUGGAUUCUUCAUGAAAUCUUUUAUGAAGUUACCCUGUUUAACGACACUUUACAUUGCAUCUGGCAUAAUGAUAGGUACUGUAAUUACAACGAUUCCUAUUCCCGAUUUGACGAACGCACCAAUGCAGGAAUGAUGUCGAAGAUUAUUUUCUGUUUCGAGAGAGGGAAUUUUCAACUGGAGUCUACGAAAAAAGUCAAAAAACCCAUUUUGUAUGUCCAGUGUCGAGUCGAAGUUGAAUCUGGAAGCGGAGGCGGUUUAAACGGUAUAGAAGACUGAAAUAAACAGAUUAAUAACUUUAAAUAAGAAUAUAGUGGGCUCGUCUGCAGAAAGUAGUGGCCUAUUUAAAAAUUUAUUAUGUGAAAUUUAUUCAAAUUACAUAUAGUUUUAUUGAUGGAAAAAUUGAAUUAUUUUCAAUCUGACACUUUUCGGAGUUUUCAAU